GACAGCGGCUGUGGCCGUGGCCGUGGCCGUGGCCGUGGGAGGCUGGCCCGCCGGAGCCCAGCCUCUGGGGGACCGGCCCCGGCGCCCGCUCCCCCAGCGCGUCGCAGCCGCGUGGCCCGGCCGAGCGCAGAGACCACCCAGCCCGGCCGGGCGCAGUCGCGAUGUCGAUGGCGGGGCUGAAGAAGCAGUUCCACAAAGCCAGCCAGCUAUUUAGUGAAAAAAUAAGUGGCGUUGAAGGAACGAAACUAGAUGACGAAUUUCUUGACAUGGAAAGGAAAAUAGAUGUUACCAAUAAAGCUGUUGCAGAAAUUCUUUCCAAAGCCACAGAAUAUCUUCAGCCAAAUCCAGCAUACAGAGCUAAGCUAGGAAUGCUGAACACUGUAUCGAAGAUCCGAGGCCAGGUGAAAACCACCGGGUACCCUCAGACGGAAGGCUUGCUGGGCGACUGCAUGCUGAAAUACGGGAAGGAGCUCGGGGAAGCCUCUACCUUCGGCAGUGCACUGAUAGAAGUUGGUGAAUCCAUGAAGCUAAUGGCUGAGGUGAAGGACUCUCUGGAUAUUAACGUAAAGCAAACGUUUAUUGAUCCACUUCAGUUGCUACAAGACAAAGAUUUAAAAGAGAUUGGGCACCACCUCAAGAAGCUGGAAGGCCGCCGCCUGGAUUACGAUUAUAAAAAGAAGCGAGUAGGUAAGAUACCAGACGAAGAAGUCAGACAAGCGGUAGAAAAAUUUGAAGAGUCAAAGGAGUUGGCUGAAAGAAGCAUGUUUAAUUUUUUAGAAAAUGAUGUAGAACAAGUCAGCCAGCUGGCCGCGUUUAUAGAAGCAGCGUUAGACUAUCACAAACAGUCCACAGAGAUCCUGCAGGAGCUGCACAGCAAACUACAGAUACGAAUAACGGCUGCUUCCAAUCUCCCUAAACGAGAAUACAAGCCACGGCCCAUAAAGAGGAGUCCUAGUGAGCUCAAUGGGGUGUCCGCCACGUCUUCAACAAAGACAACAGGUGAGACCCCCAGCAUCCGGGACCCCAUGGCUUCCUGGAAGAGCCCCUGCUGGCUGCUGAUGUGGAUGGUCUUCACGCACUCUGCCCUUCUGCAGAUCACAGCAGAGAAGUCUCCUGGAGCCUAUUUCCUUCCUGAGUUUGCGCUCUCCCCUCAGGGAAGUUUUCUGGAAGAUACAACAGGCGAGCAGUUUCUCACCUAUCGCUAUGACGACCAGACCUCCAGAAACACUCGUUCAGAGGAAGAGAAAGAUGGCAAUUGGGAUGCCUGGGGAGACUGGAGCGACUGCUCCCGGACGUGCGGGGGCGGAGCGUCAUACUCUCUGCGGAGAUGUCUGACUGGGAGGAAUUGUGAAGGGCAGAACAUUCGAUAUAAGACAUGCAGCAAUCAUGACUGCCCUCCGGAUGCAGAGGACUUCAGAGCCCAGCAGUGCUCCGCGUACAAUGACGUCCAGUAUCAGGGGCGCUAUUACGAAUGGCUUCCACAGUAUAAUGAUCCUGCUGCCCCCUGCGCGCUCAAGUGUCAUGCCCGGGGUCAGAACUUGGUGGUGGAGCUGGCUCCCAAGGUACUGGAUGGAACUCGUUGCAAUGCUGACUCCCUGGACAUGUGUAUCAGUGGCAUUUGUCAGGCUGUGGGCUGCGACAGGCAGCUGGGAAGUAACGCCAAGGAGGACAACUGUGGCGUCUGUGCUGGCGACGGCUCCACCUGCAGGCUCGUGCGGGGACAAUCAAAGUCCCAGGUUUCUCCUGAAAAAAGGGAAGAAAAUGCAAUCGCUGUCCCUUUGGGGAGUCGAAGUGUGAGAAUUACGGUGAAAGGACCCGCACAUCUCUUUAUUGAAUCAAAAACACUUCAAGGAAACAAAGGAGAACACAGCUUUAACAGCCCUGGAGUUUUUGUUGUAGAAAACACAACGGUGGAAUUUCAGAAGGGCUCAGAGAGACAGACCUUCAAGAUUGCAGGGCCUCUGAUGGCCGAUUUCAUCUUCAAGACCAGGUACACUGUGGCCAAGGACAGCGUGGUCCAGUUCUUCUUUUACCAGCCCAUCAGCCAUCAGUGGAGACAAACUGACUUCUUCCCCUGCACUGUGACCUGUGGCGGAGGGUAUCAGCUCAAUUCUGCUGAAUGUGUGGAUAUCCGCUUGAAGAGGGUGGUCCCUGACCAUUAUUGCCACUACUACCCUGAAAACGUCAAACCAAAACCCAAACUGAAGGAGUGCAGCAUGGAUCCGUGCCCGUCCAGCGAUGGAUUUAAAGAGAUCAUGCCCUAUGACCACUUCCAACCGCUCCCUCGCUGGGAACAUAAUCCUUGGACUGCGUGUUCUGUGUCCUGUGGAGGCGGCAUUCAGAGGCGGAGCUUCGUGUGUGUGGAGGAGUCCAUGCAUGGCGAGAUACUGCAGGUGGAAGAAUGGAAGUGCAUGUACGCACCCAAACCCAAGGUGCUGCAAACUUGCAACCUGUUCGAUUGCCCCAAGUGGGUCGCCAUGGAGUGGUCUCAGUGCACAGUGACUUGUGGCCGAGGCUUACGUUACCGGGUUGUUCUGUGUAUCAACCACCGUGGUCAGCACGUUGGCGGCUGCAAUCCUCAACUCAAGUUACACAUCAAAGAAGAGUGUAUCAUUCCCAUCCCGUGUUAUAAACCAAAAGAAAAAAGUCCAGUGGAAGCUAAAUUACCUUGGCUGAAACAAGCACAAGAACUAGAAGAGACCAGAAUAGCAACAGAAGAACCAACGUUCAUCCCGGAGCCCUGGUCGGCCUGCAGUGCCACGUGUGGGCCGGGGGUUCAGAUCCGGGAGGUGAAGUGCCGGGUGCUCCUGACGUUCACGCAGACGGUGACCGAGCUGCCGGAGGAUGAGUGCGAGGGCCCCCGGCCGCCUGCUGAGCGGCCCUGCCUCCUGGGAGCCUGCGAGGAGGGCCCUGCCUCCCGCGAGCUGCACGUCUCUCUCCCCGAGAAGGACAGCGAGAUGAUUUAUGACUGGGAGUACGCUGGGUUCACCCCCUGCACGGCGACAUGUCUGGGAGGCCAUCAAGAAGCUAUAGCAGUGUGCUUACACAUCCAGACUCAGCAGACAGUCAAUGACACCUUAUGCAACAUGGUCCACCGUCCUCCAGCGAUGAGCCAGGCUUGUAACACAGAACCCUGCCCGCCCAGGUGGCACACGGGCUCUUGGGGACCCUGCUCAGCUACCUGUGGUGUUGGAAUCCAGACCCGAGAUGUAUACUGCCUACACCCUGGGGAGUCCCCCGCCCCCGCUGAGGAAUGCAGAGAUGAAAAGCCCCACGCCUUGCAAGCAUGCAAUCAGUUUGAUUGCCCUCCAAGCUGGCAUAUUGAAGAAUGGCAGCAGUGUUCCAGGACUUGUGGUGGGGGAACUCAGAAUCGGAGAGUCACCUGUCGGCAGCUGUUGACAGAUGGCAGCUUUUUGAAUCUCUCAGAUGAGUUGUGCCAAGGACCCAAGGCAUCUUCUCAUAAGUCCUGUGCCAGAACAGACUGUCCUCCACAUUUAACCACGGGAGACUGGUCGAAGUGUUCUGUCAGUUGUGGUGUUGGAACCCAGCGAAGAAAGCAGGUGUGUCAAAGGCUGACAGCCAAGGGCCGGCGCGCCCCCCUCAGCGAGAUGACGUGCAGACACCUUCCGCGGCCCCCUCUUGUAAGAUCUUGCCAGAUGCCUGUGUGCAGUGAAAUGAGACCAGAGACGAAGCUGAAGCUUGGUGAGCAGGGUCCUCGAAUCCUCGGGGUCCAGAGGGUCUACAUUCAGACGCGGGAAGAGAAGCGCAUUAACCUGACCGUCGGCAGCCGAGCCUAUUUGCUGCCCAACACCUCCGUGAUUAUUAAGUGCCCAGUGCGACGAUUCCAGAAGUCUCUGAUCCAGUGGGAGAAGGAUGGUCGUUGUCUGCAGAACUCCAAGGGCCUCGGCAUCACCAAGUCAGGCUCGCUAAAAAUCCACAGUCUCGCGGCCCCGGACAUCGGCAUGUACCGGUGCAUCGCGGGCUCUGCACAAGAGACAGUUGUCCUCAAGCUCAUCGGCACCGACAACCGGCUCAUUGCACCCCCAGCCCUCAGGGAGCACCUGGGGGAACGUCCUGGGAUGGACCACAAUGAGGCCAAUAGUUGGGGAGCUGCAUGGCAUAAAAUGAGGCAAAUGUGGAGUACCAAAAAUGAGCUUUAUCUGGACGACGGGCAAGUGAAUAAGCAGCCUUUCUUGAGAGCUCUGCUGGGCCCCUGCAGCAGCUCUGCAGGAAACACCAACUCCUGGGAGCUUAAGAAUAAGCAGUUCGAAGCCGCUGUCAAGCAAGGAGCGUACAGUGUGGACGUGGCCCAGUUUGAUGAACUGAUCAGAAACAUGAGUCAGCUCAUGGAAACCGGGGAGGUUAGUGACGACCUGGCGUCCCAGGUGAUCUACCAGCUGGUGGCCGAGUUAGCCAAGAUGCAGCUGGCACACACGCAGUGGAGGGGCAUCCGGGAAGAGGAGCUCCCUGCAGCUCAGCUAAGGGGGGAAACAGGAAGUGUGCCCCAAAGCUCAAAUGCGAGAAACUCAGGCAAGCUGACUUUCAAGCCAAAGGGCCCCAUUCUCGUGAGGCAAAGCCAACCCACCUCGAUUUCCUUUAAUAAAACAGUAAAUUCAAGGAUUGGAAACACAGUGUACAUUACGAAAAGGACCGAGGUCGUGAAUAUACUGUGUGAGCUUCUUACCCCCAGUGAGGCCACAUAUACCUGGACCAAGGAUGGAGCGUUGUUACAACCCUCGGAAAAAAUAAUUUUGGAUGGAAUGGGAAAAAUACGGAUACAGAAGCCUACGAAGGAAGAGGAAGGGGUAUACGGAUGCUCCGUGGCUAAUCCUCUCGGCUCUGAUGUGGAAAGCUCUUCCGUGCUGUAUGCAGAGGCGCCCGUCAUCUUGGCUGUUGAAAGAAACGUCACCAGACCCGAGAGCAGCCAUCUGUCCGCUGUGGUCGGAGGCAUCGUGGAGGCAGCCCUGGAGGCAAACGUGACAAUCCGGUGUCCUGUAAAAGGUGUCCCUCAGCCUAAUAUAACUUGGGUGAAGAGAGGAGGAUCUCUGAGUGACAAUAUUUCCUUGCUUUUCAAUGGAUCCCUGUUGUUGCAGAAUGUUUCCCUUGAAAAUGAAGGAACCUAUGUCUGCACAGCCACCAAUGCUCUUGGAAAGGCAAUGGCAACAUCUGUGCUCCGCUUGCUGGAACAAAGAUGGUCAGACAAUAAAACUGUAUUUCCCAAGGACCAUAAAAAGCAUGUUCUCCGGGCAUCCAACACUGGAACCAAAAGCAAUGACCCAACAGGAGGACCCCUACUUCCAGAGCCUGUCUGGGAGCUCGGUAACUGGACACGGUGUUCUGCCACCUGUGGCCACCUGGGAGCCCGCAUCCAGAGACCCCGGUGUGUGAUGGCCGAUGGGCAGGCAGUGAGCGAGGCCCUUUGUGAUCCCCUCCAGAAGCCGCUGGCCGGGUUUCAACCCUGUAACGUCCGGGACUGCCCCUCGAGGUGGUCCACGAGCGCGUGGUCCGAGUGCUCUGUGUCUUGCGGUGAAGGAUCCCGCAGUCGGCAAGUGACCUGCAAGCGCACAAGAGCCAACGGGACUGUGCAGGUGGUGUCUCCACGAGCAUGUGCCCCCAGGGACAGGCCUCGGGGGAGGAGAGCGUGCACCAGUCCGCCGUGCGUUCAGUCGCCCGCUGGACCAGGGGACCAGUGUCCCGGACGCUGCCUGGGCCGUGCUGGGAGGACGCAGCGCCAUCUCGUCGUCUGUCAGCACCACAACGGCUCUGACUCCGGCUGUGAGGACAGGAGGCCCGCCGUUGGGAGGGGCUGCUCGGCGGGGGCCUGUGACGCGUGCUGGCGCCCGGGCCCCUGGCGGCGCUGCCCCGCGGCCUGCGGCUCCCGGUCCCGGAGGGUCGACUGCAUCCGCGCGCGGAGCUGCGCCCCGGUGGCCGCGAGGCGCUGCGCGCAGGGAGAGAAGCCCGCGUCCCGGCGGCGCUGCCUCGGGCCCCCCUGUGACAGAGACUGCACAGACGCCACACACCGCUGCAUGUUUGUCAAGCAUCUCAAUUUGUGUUCGCUAGGCGUCUACAGACGGAGGUGCUGCCGGUCAUGUCAAGAAGGAUAAACCUUUGGAGGGGUCCUGAUGCUGCUGUGAAGAUAAAAGAAAAAUGUAAAAGCUCUUUUUCCCAUGCUCAGAAACGUGCAUUUCUUCCAAACUCUAGAUUCUGCGAUGGGAGGUGGAUGCAACAUCACCAGCGUUCAGCUCUUGCAGCAUCAUUUUCCCGCGGCCGGCUGUUAAUUCCGACUCUUUCCAUGAUGUGCUCGAGGACUAACAAAAAUGCCGGGGCGCGUGGGCCCUCACCGCGUCCUUGUGAUGGGGAAGCACGAGGGGGCCAGUGCCUUGUCAAGUGCUGCUGCUUCCUGUGGCUUGUAGCCUCCUACAGAGAGGGCCUCCUGAAGACCUGGGGACACACAGCAGCUGACUUCCCCCCUCAAGGUUUAGGGUUUCGACAGGCUCACGAGGCAUCUACGCUUCAGAAGCUCCGGCCAGUAGUUGUGACGGUGUUGGCACUAACGGCGUUUUCAUGGAUCCUUGAGUUCCAUCUGUGAAAGAGACAGUCACUCUGGACAGGCUUGUGACACUGACUGGUCCAGGGACGUGGCGGGUGGCGCCUGUCCUUGCUCUGAGGGAACCCAUGGGAGAAAACGCAGAGUAGAUGUUGCUGCCAUUUUCACAACUACGGAAAUCGAUCUGUGACCAAAGGAGGCGCCCUGGAAACCACAGGAGAGGGAAAGUUAACCUUUUCUACUGAUUUUGGAGUCUAUUCAAAGCUUUCUUUUAAGAGCUGUGAAUGAAAACUUUUUCUAAGCACUAUUCUCUUGCACACAAACACAAAAUCAAAGCCUUAUUAGACCUAAUUUAUGCAUAAAAUAGUAUUCCUAAGGAUUUUUAUUUUGGAAAAAUUAUAAGAAAGUAAUCUAAAUAUGAAACCUGAUAGCUAAAAAGAAUUGUUUAUAGUAAAUAAUUGUUUUGAUUUGAACUGAUUUUUCGGUAAAUCCGAAGUGAAUUAGGGUCAGGCUGGAAGUUGCAGUUAGGACUGGGGGUGAGAGUUAGGAUUGGGUGACAAGUUCAGGAUUAGGAUUCGGUUAGUGAGAACGGAAGUUCAGUUAGGGUUGAGGCUAGAGUUGGCUAUCGGGUUAGGGUUAGGUUUAGGGUUAGGGUUAGGGUUAGGGUCAGGGCCAGGUUAGGUCAGUUGGGCUGGGUGUAGAUUGGGGCCAGCGCUGGUGUUACGGUCGGGGCAGAGGUUAAGUCUGGGGUGAAUGUUGCUGCUGAAGCAGUCUGGGGCUCGCAUUAAAUCGUAAGCUCUGAGGCUGACGUGGUCGUGGGCUCUUGCCCUUGCAUUCUACCAGUGACAGCUUCAGACGGCACACGACCCCAACAGGUGGUCAUACGUCCUCCUCCUGCGUCCCAGCGCUGGGCCGCACGCUGCCUACAGUCUGUUGGCCACAAAGCUCUUUGAAGGAGGUGGUGCUGGACCGCGUCCUCGGUCACCAGCACUGAGCAGCGCGUGCGGCUUUGGAUGCGUCUGCGGACGAGCCUGCCGAGUCUCAGCCACCCUCCGAGCCCCAGGUCUCCUGUUCUGACUCCAGCCUCGCUGACACUGGGGUGAGCACUACUGUACGCAGAGGGUCUGGUGUCUGGGCGGGCGGGGACAUGAAGGGCACACACCAGCCCGUGGGUGUGAGUCAUCAGUCACACUUGAUUGGUGAGGUCUGUAAAUUAAAAGAAAGAUCAUUUGUAAAAUACUCUUUGUAUAUAUUUAUUAUAUGACUUAAAGGUGCAAUAUUUUAUUUUGUACAGUAUGUAAUAAAGACAUGGGACAUAUAUUUUUCUUAUUAACAAAAUUUCUUAUUAAAUUGCUUCACCUUUGUAUUUAAAGUUAAAACUUGCUGUUUUCAUUUGCUAUUGUACUUUUUCUCGUUAUUAUUCAAAUGACAUUCCUGUGUACUGUAUUUUACUACUGUUUCUAUAACAUAAGAGUUUUCUCUUUCAUGAUCCUUAAGUAAUUCAGAAAUAAAUUUACUUUGAUUAUUCAGCGG